AUGAAACAAAACCAGAAGUUAACUGAAGCAAACUUGAAGUUGGGCGAGACAGUCAUUGAGCUCAAAUGUAAAGUCAGAGAGCUGGAGCAAUACUCUAGAAGAACCAAUCUGGAGAUCAGCGGCAUCCCUGAAACGCGGAACAAGGACACUAUGAGGAUCCUGCGUGACAUCGGCACUGCCAUAGGAGUCGAGCUUCAUGACACCCAGGUGAAGGCUGCACAUCGAGUUCCCAGCUACAAGCAAGGUCGAGCUCCACCCAUGGUCGUCCAGUUCCAGACCAAGAUGCAGAGAGAUGUCUGGAUCACCAACUACAAGAAGAAAAAGGACCUAUCAGCCCGCAGAGUGAACAACGCCUUUCCGGACACCAGGGUGUACAUCAAUGAACAUGUGUCACCGGACAACAAGAUCUUCUUGGCUCAACUCAAGGAAAGAAGCAAGCAGUGCAAUGUCAAGUAUGUUUGGUUUAAGGAUGGCAAGUUCUAUCUCAGGAGGGAUGAUGGGGAGAAAUGCAUCAAAAUCACUAGCCUUGAUGAAGUGGAAAAAUACCGCUAA